GACUUCCUGCCCCCACUGCAGCCCAUUGCUUGCAAACAACAGCCCCAAACCAAUUGUAACUGGCAAAUUACUCGCACACAUAGAACUCUCAUGGGGCUUUACAUGAGGCGGCAGCAGCAGCAGCAGCAGUCUGAGCUCCGCAUCCGCAGCAGGAGCUGUGACGUCAGUGUGGUGCGGGGCGGCUCUGCAGCCAGAAGCUGUUGCUGACAAAGGGACUGUGGAAAGCAGAGGAGCCCGGAGCAGAGAUCUGCCAAGAUGCACUAGAGGUCUUCCCAGUAUCACUGAGAGCUGUUGUGAGAUUUUGACAGACAAAAGGAGCUGCAGAGAGAGAAACACAGAUUCUAUGCCAAUGCAGCAGCAAAAACGCCAGCCAGAACUAGUGGAAGGAAAUCUUCCAGUUUUUGUCUUUCCAACAGAGCUUAUAUUUUAUGCCGAUGAUCAGUCUACGCACAAGCAGGUGUUAACCUUGUACAACCCUUAUGAGUUUGCCUUAAAAUUUAAAGUCCUCUGUACGUCUCCAAAUAAGUACGUUGUAGUGGAUGCUGCAGGGGCAGUGAAACCUCAGUGCUGUGUUGAUAUUGUUAUACGGCACAAAGAUGUCCGAGCCAGUCACUUUGGUGUCAUUGACAAAUUCCGUCUUCAAGUGUCCGAACAAAGUCACAGGAAAGCGCUGGGACGCAAAGAAGUCAUAGCAAUGCUUCUUCCAUCUGCAAAGGAGCAACAGCAAAAAGACGAGGAAGAAAAGAGAAUGAAGGAACAUUUUGCAGAAAGUGUCUUUUUUGAACAGGCACCUUCCCAGCCAGAUACCAGAAAUUCUUCCUCAGGGCCUAGUUUGCUGAUGGUCUUCCUUGGCAUGGUUUGCAUAGCUGCACUGAUGAUGCCCACCUUGGGUGAAAUGGAAUCCAUGGUGCCUCUCUACCUCCACUUAAGUGUGAAUCAGAAAUUAGUGGCUGCCUAUGUUUUAGGACUUGUAACAAUGGUUGUUUUGCGAACAUGAACCUUGUGGAUAUCGGGAUCAUAGCGAUGUCUCUUCACCUUAGUGUGUGGACUGCCUUCUGCUGCCGUCGGGCCAGUGCCUGCCCUUCAGGAAAACUUAGCAGUGGUGGAAAACAAAAUAGCAAAAACAAUAUAUUUUAACUCUUCAUAUUACUGUAAUUGAGUGGCUGAAAGCAUAUUACCAGUGAAUGUUUAAGAACCAAGAAUCUUUAAUGAUGUCUGUGAAACAUAUUUGAGGAAACAUCAUUUUAUAUAUAUAUCCCUAUAAAAGACUUUUAUUGUACAAUUUAUGGUUAUUUUGUGCUCUCCUAUCCAGUGUGCAAUGAAGACACUGAUAAAAAAAAUAACUUCAGUAGUGCACAUUUCUUCCACUAAUGUAGCAACGGACAAGCCUUUUGCUGUCUAAAGGAAUAAAGGCACAUGUGCGACUGCAUAUGCAGCGAGUAAAGUGCACUUUUGAGCACAAUUACCAUGUUUGUUUUCCCUCAGAAUCUCAGCAUCGUUGUGGUUGCAAUGAUCACUCAAUAUAACUGAACUGCACCUACUGCAAUUGCAUCUGAUUUGGCAAAAUUACAGGAACUGCGCAUGCUCUUUAUCACAAAUCAGGUGCAGUUUAGAAGUUUGCCUGCUGUCAUUUACAAUGUUCAGCGUGUGAGUGAUGUGUGCUUCCUAUUCUUUUAAUUCAACUGUGGUUAUUGAGGGAACCCUAGCACUGUUGCGGGGUCUGGAGGUGUCGUUAGCUCCAGGCUUCCCCUAUAUUAAAAUGUGCUUUUCAGUUCAGAACGGAAGACAGACAGGGCUAAGUAUCCAGAAAUGCAAGGAGCACAUUUUGACGCAAGUACCUUCAAUGAAAGUUGUUUUACAAGCAACUGACUGCAGGGAAAAUGUGGGGAUCGCAACUGGACUUGUGGAUGUACAUGAGCCUUCUAGUUACAAUAUUAUAUUAUAUCUUCUUAAAGGAAAAUUAUACCCCCAAACAAUGUAGGUCUCUGUAAAAAUAUAUUGCAUAAACAAGUAAACUCUGUAUUUGUUUAUGUAAAAACUUGUUUAUGUAAAACUCUGCUUCAUCUAAAUAAACCAUUUUACUAAAAAUA